AUGGUCCGCUGUGGGAUCCCGGCCAUUCCCCCAGUUGUGAGUGGCAUGCAGAGGAUCGUCAAUGGGAAAGUUGCUGUCCCUGGCUCCUGGCCCUGGCAGGUGUCUCUGCAGUAUAGCACCGGCUUCCACUUCUGUGGGGGCUCCCUGAUCAGCAAGGACUGGGUGGUCACCAGUGCACACUGUAAAGUCAGCACAUCCCACCAGGUGGUGGCUGGAAUGUUUGACAAGAGAUCAAAGGAGAAUGUCCAGGUGCUGAGGAUUGCUCAGGAAGGCGUUUAUCUCAUGACACCCGCAGAUCCCUGGUGGACUCCGGGCUGGGGCAGGACCUACUUCCAUGGCAGGGGCUCCAGCAUGCUGCUGCAGGCCAGCGUGCCGCUCCUGUCCAACGCGGAGUGCAACAGCUUCUGGGAAAGAGAGAUCCCUGACAUCAUGGUCUGCGCCGGGUCCGACAGAGUCACCGCCUGCAUGGGUGACUCUGGUAGCCCCCUGGUCUGCCAGAAGGACGGAGCCUGGACCUUGGUAGUUGUCGUGUCAUUUGUCAGUGGCACCUGCCGCUCCAAUAUUCCUACCAUUUACUCCCGUGUCACAGAGUUCAUUCCCUAG